AUGACGAUGAACUACCACUACUACAAUGCGAGCUCGCGCUUCGAUAUGGCCGUGGAGAUAGCCAAUAUCGCGUUGGAUGAGUUCAAGACCCAUCAUAUCUCACGCAACUACACGGGCCUGGUGCAGCGCUACUAUCAAUUGGUGGAAGAGGACUAUGGCGAUCCGCGUGCGGAACGCUUCCACCUGAUGGACCAUCCGAUGUUCACCUUUGGCCUGGUGGCCAUCUACCUCUCUUGGGUACUCGUCCUGGGCCCCCUCUUCAUGCGCGACCGCAAACCCUUCCAACUGCGACGCACUCUGGUCAUCUACAAUGCCUUCCAGGUGGCCCUCAGCGGUUAUAUGUUCUAUGAGCACCUAAUGGCCGGCUGGCUGAACUACUAUAAUCUGAAGUGCCAACCGGUUGACUACUCGGAUGGUCCCAUGUCGAAGCGGAUGCUCAACCUGUGCUACAUCUACUACCUGUCAAAACUGACGGAAUUCGCCGACACCGUGUUCUUUGUGCUGCGCAAGAAAUCCUCACAGAUCACCUGGCUGCAUGUGUACCAUCACUCGGUGACGCCACUGGAGACCUGGGUGCUGGUCAAGUUCCUUGCAGGUGGAAAUGCCACAUUCCCCAAUCUGUUGAAUAACUUUGUGCAUGUUUGCAUGUACUUCUAUUACAUGAUGUCCGCCAUGGGACCCGAAUACGCCAAGUUCCUGUGGUGGAAGAAAUACAUGACCGAGCUGCAGAUCGCUCAGUUUGUGCUGUGCAUUUUCCACACGUUACGCGCCCUCUUCAGCAACCAGUGCCAGUUCUCCAAGUUCAUCUCGGCUCUCCUACUGCUGAAUGCCUCCAUUUUCUUCUGCCUCUUCAUGAACUUCUACAUGCAGAGCUACAAGAAGUCCAAGGCGCUACAGCAGCAGCAGCAGGAGAAGCUCACGGCAGCAGCCAAGGAGUUGGCCUGCAAGGCGGACAGCAACAACAAUAACCACAUGGAGAUGCUGACACAGAAGCUGAAGGCCCACUAGAAUAGAAGAGGUGAAGAGGAAGUACUUCCAGGGAUUGCUCGAAAAAGGGAACAAAUUUUUUGCAUACUCGUAAAACUGGACAAAUUGGUGUUGGCAACAAAGAACAAACGUUGGAAGUAGUUUUUGGUACAAAGGUUUUAACUUACGCUAAGCUUAAGCUUAAGAGCCAUAAAUGCACAGAUAGGCAAACGCACACGAAUAGAAGGAAGGAAGUCCAGCCAGACGGUAACAAGAAGAACCAACAAAAGUUGAUUGCUUGAUUGCUUCGCUUGUCCGUUCGGUGAAGAGAAUGCCUCUCUGGCUAGCAGUCGCAACUGUAUUCGUAAUCGUAUGUGUAACUGUACAAGAAACUGGGUCAAUUUUCGAGAUCUGCCUAGGCCGUAAGUCAACCUAAUUCUAGAACCUCACGAACGUAGCGCGUUGAUUUUUUAAUCGAAACUCUGCCCUCUCCCCGAUAGUGCCUAAGUAAGUGUUAAUUGUAAUUGUGUAUAGACGAUUUUGUAAAUAGCCUGUUAAAUGUUAAAUGUUAAAUAUUUGUAGUCCGCUAAGCCCUCUAGCCUAAGCAAACUAGUCUAACUUACAACCUGCGCGCCACUCAAUCCUGAGCAGCAGCGAGCUCAAUAAAGCGAAGACAAAUAAAAGCGAAAGAAAAGAUCAAUUUCAAUAACGAGCCGA